CUUGUCCAGAGAGCUUCAUCAUUCAUUCAUGGGGCUACGUACACUGUAACUAAGCUCCAUACCAAGGGCUUCUGUGACAGUUCUGUUCAGCUCCAAGCUUCAUCCGGGAGACACAACGAGGGUACAAUUGCCCCUUCCUCGACCUCAACACCACAUCUAGAGCCGACUCGCAUGACAAUCUACGCCUUCACAGUUGAUUCAACCAGCCAACGCCGCCAUGUCCACAAUCGCCUCCCCCCGGGACCCUUCCGCGCCCUUUCCUCGUCGCGCGAACUCAUCCCAAGCGCUGGUCACACCCACCUCCUCAUCCCGCCCCAGCCUCGACAUCCCAGCCUCGACAACCAGCUCGCCCAGCGGGAACAACACCUCCACAACCACAACCGCGACAACAACCGACAAACGCGCCAAACGUGCCGCCCUCCGCGAGUACUACAACCUCCGCGCGAAUAAGUCCCUCCCCUCGACGCCGCCGCCGCCCCCGACGGUAGAAAUAACCGAUGGCGACGACCCGGCCAACAGCCUCAACCUCUUCAACAGCAACAACAACCCUGCCACAGGAACAGCAACAACCAGCAGCAGCACGCUUACAGCCGAGCUCGACCAGCCCGGGUUCGACGCGGAGCGGUAUAUGGCGCAGCUGCUCGAGCACGGGUCCCUGGCGGACCUGCUGCGGACCUACACGCGGGUGCUGGCCGAGAUGCGGGCGCUUGACGCCGAGAAAAAGGCGCUCGUCUACGACAACUACAGCAAGCUCAUCGCCGCGACCGAGACCAUCCGCCGGAUGAGGGCUACCAUGGAUAAUAAUAAUAACAAUAAUGAUGAUAAUGGUGGCGGCGGGACGAUGGGCGGUGCGGCGCUUGGGGUUGUGGUUGAACGCGUCUAUGAGCUUGCCAAGGCCGUGAGGGAGGGGUUAAGGGCUGAGCUUGGGGAACGAGGGGAGGCUGGGCGGCCAGAGGAGGAAAAAGGUGAAGGGGGUGAUGACGCUAAGAGGAGGACAAGGAUGUUGGCUAGAGAGGUGGUGCAGGUUCCUGGGCGGUUGAGGAGGUUGAUGGACGAGGGGAGAGAGGAGGAUGCGAGGAGGGAGUGGGAAGUGCCGAGGAAGUUAUUGGAGAGGUGGAGGGAGAAGGGUUUAGGAGGAGAAGAUGUGGUCGCGUUGAUUGAGGAGGGGGAUGCGGCGCUUGUUAGGGGGGAAGGAGCGGGAGACGGGGGGCAAGAGCGAGAGAGGAGCGCGGUUGCUAGCACCACGACGUGA